UUUCUCCUUAUAGGGAUGAUUCCUGAUCAAUUUUAUUCGAAACUCAAACAUCUACCUGUUACAUUUACUUUAACCGAUAUUAAUAAAGAAGACGAACAAAUUGAAGAUGUCGUCCCAUAUCCAUCAAAUUAUAUAGUUUUUAGUUGUCAAUCAAGAAACGAAUUCGAAUCAGCACUAUUUAAAGUUGUAACACUACCAUAUUGGCACCCACUUGCUUAUAUUAUCCUAGUUUAUCAAUCUUCAUACGAUACAGUUUCUAUGGCUCAAAUGUUUUACGCUUUUUGGUAUUUUAAGGCCAUUAAUGUUGUUAUAAUACACUUUGAUGACAUGCAGGAGACUACCUAUAUAUCAUAUUUUAAUCCUUACACCAGUAGCUCGUUUGAAUUAGAUCAUAUUUUUGGGUGUUGGACUGUCAAAAAGAUUACUAUGCCAAUAAGCGAUUUGGAUGGCUUGAUUUGCGAACAAGGCUGCCACAAUGUUUCUAUAUAUUCAAAACUUCGAACUAACAACCUUGGUACAUGCUUAAGCUUUAGUACUUCUAUUCUCAGUUAUAAAAACCUAGAAGCAGUUAAAAAGCUUAUUCUAUUUGAGGAUAAAAGCGCCAACUAUCAUAAUUACAGCAUGAAUAGUUUUGCAAUUGAACUGGAUCCAUUUCUCAAUAUUAAGGCAGACAAUGGUACGUACACACUUCAUAAAAGAGAUGGUCAAAUUUGGAAUGCACUGUCAAAACUCAUGAUUUUCUCCAUUGACUUAACGAUGAAUGAACCUACGUGGAAGCAUGACUUUGAUUAUAUUACAAACAUGCAGGAAUUUGUUUCAUUCACACAAAGAAAGAAGGAUUUAGUUCUUUUACCCAUGUAUCAGUUUGACGUGAUGGUUGUUGAGUUAGAUAAUACUGUACCUUUACAAGACAGUGGCGUCUGCUUUAUGUCGCAUCGGGCGGGUUUCGAAACUGUUGUGUUCGAUCUAAAGUUAUUUAAAAACAAUAUAAAAAUGAUAAUCGAAUUUUUGCUGUGUUUCUUAUGUACUUGGAUAGUAUUUAUUAUCUUUAACAUAGAGCAGUCACGAAGAUUUUCAUUCGAUCAAAUCGGUAAGGAUUUCGUUAAUUCAUUUAGAACUGUGCUUUCUAUAAGUGUUCACAAACCACCGAGGCGUGGUUCUUUCCGAAUAUUUCUUGGAAUUGCAAUCUGGAGCUUUUUUGUACUAAACUUUUCCUCACAGGCGGCGAUAAUUUCAUUCUUCUCAGUGUAUAAGAAGGGAAAAGAAGUUGAUACAUUUGACGAUAUUUUAGAGAAGGGUUACGCAAUAGAAGGGAUAUUAUCCCCGGAUGUUGUACUACCGGACACCGAGGAGAAGUUUAAAAGAAUCAACAGCAAAGUGGUUCCUGUACAAAAUAUGUUCAUUUGUCCUGAGCGUAUGAAGAAUGACAGUCAAAGAUUUUGUUUGGUGGAUUGUGCUUUGGGCCGUUUCCUAGAACGAAAUUUCUUAAACAACGGAGAGCAAUAUCUUCACAUUGCAAGACAGGACAGAAUACACAGCCAUUACUUGCAGAUGAUAAUGCAUAAACAUUCGCCGAUGACUGUUCGAUUGAAUAAAUACAUGCAAAUGAUGAUCGAAGGUGGUUUGAUUAACAAGUGGAUUGAUUACAGAUUUGAUGAUAUAAAAGAAGGAGCACCAAUUAAGCCGCUAUCAAUGAUUGAUCUGAAAGGUAUAUUUCAGGGAUAUUGUAUGGUUUUGGUUGUAUGCACUGUGAUCUUUUGCGUCGAGUGGUUAAUAGGUAUCAUACGUUGCUUUAAAAAAAAUUAA